AACAAAUUCAUAUGGUCACAGAAAAAUUGUCACAGUUUUAUGAGUUUGACGGUCAAAGUUGGGAUGCAAGUCUUGAUUACGUUACAAAACGCAUCAAUGAAGCAUGGAGGAAUUACAAGAGAAGAUUGACUGCAAAAUAUAUUAAAAACAAGGAUCUUAUUCUGAUGAGAGAUGGUCCUGCCCCCCCAGGUAUCCCUAUGGAGGAUUGGAGGGUCUUUGUGGAUCAAAGUACCACCGAGGAAUUCAAGAGGGCAAGCGCAAGGAAUAAAGUCAAUCGGGCCAAGCUAAAAGGACCUGCGUGUCUUGGGAGGCACAGCAUGGCUGUUACUCGCCAUAAGAUGGCGAUGGAGAAGAAUCUUACCUCUGAUGCCGAGAUAAGUAGAUGUGAAGUUUUCUUAAGAGCCCAUACAAGAAAGGACAAAGUGGUCCAGUAUCCUGACAUUGCUGAAAAACUAGAUGAGUUCUAUAGUAGCAAUCCUGCUUCUAGGAUGACCGGCAUGGAUGAUGCCCUUACAGAGGUACUAAUAAAAUUUAAAAAUUACUUAAGUUUUAUGGUAAUUAUGAAUAUCUUAAUAACUUGAUUUACAAUGUUUUACAGUUGGUUGGUUCUGACAAUA